GUUGGAGGCACCUCCGUCGCAAUUGCGAAAAAACCUCUUGCCCCACUUAAUCCCGUUUCAUUCGCCCGCGCAAAACAAAUCCAUCGAGUUUAUCAGUUUUUGAGUGCCUACGUGUCAGUGGAGAUGCUAAACGGAAAAUGUAUUUGACACUUCAAAUUUUUGCCUCCUUACAGCUAUGCCUGUUUGCAGCUGACGCAAAUAUCACGCUGACGAGCAUAGUUAAAACGCGGUUGGGUCAAAUCAAAGGACCCAUCACGAAGACCAAGGCUGGGACUUUCUACGCGUCUUAUCUGGGUAUACGGUACGGGAUAGCUCCCCUUGGACCCCUACGAUUCAAAGCCCCUUUGCACGUCCAACAAUGGAGCGACAUAUACGAUGGGACAUACGAAAAAGGAAUCUGCUACCAAGUGACGAUGGAUUCGGAUUUGGAAACCGAAGAUUGCCUCAUGAUGAAUAUUUAUUCUCCAUUGAUUUUGAGCAGCGAAUCUGAUUUGCUUCCCGUGAUGUUUUUCAUCCAUGGCGGCGGAUUCGUCGAAGGUACCUCCAUCAUCGAAUGGGGCUUCGGGCCAGAAUUUUUCAUGGACUCGGGGGUGGUCCUGGUUGCUAUUAACUACAGAGUCGGUCCCUUUGGCUUUCUAUCCACCGGCGACGCGAAUAUACCGGGCAACGCAGGACUCAAAGACCAGUUACUGGCACUGAAAUUUGUGAACAAUUACAUUCAAAAUUUCGGCGGUGAUCCGGAAAAGGUGACGAUAUUCGGACACAGCGCGGGCAGCGCUUCAGUGGCUUAUUUAAUGUUAAAUCCAGAAUCGGAAGGUUUAUACAGGGCUGCAAUUUGCCAAAGCGGUUCUGCUCUGAGUCCGUGGGCCUAUCAGCGCAACCACGUCAACAUAAGCUACAUGACAGGUGCCCUCCUUCAUCCAGCUUUAGCGAAGAAUCAAAAUUCGAAAGAUCUGCUAUACUUCUUACGAGAAGCCCCCGCCAAAGAUAUCGACGAAGCUUCGGCAAACAUCACCCAGUCUCUGACAAACUCCGGAAACAUCGAGAUUUCGAAGGGAUUUUAUUAUACGCCCGUCAUAGAGCCCGAUGGCGACGAUGCUUUCCUAACGGAAAAAAUGUUCGAAAAAUUCAAAAAUGGAAGUUUCGUCAAGGUUCCCGUGUUGAUGGGUGUCACAUCCGAAGAAUCAAUUUACUUAACAUACGACUACAAUUCGUCGACAUCUACCGUCAGACAAGAUUACGACAACGAUCACAGACUACUGGUGCCCCCCGAUAUGCACGUCACUGACGAUAACGUGAAGCAGUCCAUCGGCGAUCUGAUCAAGGAAUUUUACGUUUCCAGUGGCACCUUUCAGCAAGACAUGCUAGGCACUAUUCGGUACCAUUCGAAUCAGGAUUUCGACAAAGCCCAAAUCAAACAGGCGGAGCUACAGUCUUCCCACGUUCCCGUCUAUUUCUACGAAUUCAGUUACCGCGGUGUACUAAGUAACAACGAUGCUCACUUGGAAGGAACUACCGGGGCAGCUCACGGCGAUGAAGAACAAUAUCAGUUCACCAACAGAAAAGCAGGUAACCAAACCACCAGUGACGAUUUAAGUCAAUUUCCUGAAACAGAUCGACUGGUUCACCAAAGACUUAUGACCCUUUGGGUAAACUUCGCCAGGGACUUGAAUCCCACCCCUUCCAAGGACGAUUUGCUACAGAAUGUCACGUGGCCCACAGUCGAUAAAGAAAAUUUCAACUACCUAGAGAUAGGAGAGGAUCUGAAAAUUAAAGAGGGACCUCCGAAGAAAGACAUGUAUUCGUUUUGGAACAACCUUUACGACACCUACGCUCGAGCUCCUUACGAUACGUUUUGAAUUUUUAAGUUUUAUGUUAUUUUAAGUACCAAUAAA